AUACUAAAGUACUACUAUUACUGGCCUCACUAGUCUUUUGGCCAUAGUAGCAAGACACUUAUUUUAGUAUACUACAUUUCAAAUUUAAACUAUAAUGGCCUUUUCUGCUGGACAAUCUUAUGCAUUUUCAACAAAUUUUGAUCCCUUGCAACAAAAUUUAUGGGGUUCUAAGCCUCCUAUUUCAUCAUUUUCCAUCAAGGAUAUCGACUUCAAACAAUGUGAUAAGCAUAACAUCUUGUCUAGAAAACCUCUAUACAUUUCAGCAGUACUAAGUGGAUUUGGACAUGCUGAUGAAUCAAAAGAGUUCAAAUCUAGGGACCCUUUAGUCCAAUGCAAUGCAUAUGAAGCUAGUCAACCACAAUCGAUACCAAUCGACAUUGAGUUUGGCCAAGAAGCUCAGGCUGCUGCUACUCAGAAGCUCAAGAUUGGACUCUAUUUUGCAACAUGGUGGGCUUUGAAUGUUGUUUUCAAUAUUUACAACAAGAAGGUUUUGAAUGCAUUUCCAUUUCCAUGGCUUACUUCUACUCUUUCUCUGGCUGCUGGCUCUCUUAUGAUGUUGGUUUCUUGGGCUACUAAGAUUGCUGAAACUCCAAAGACUGACUUUGAUUUUUGGAAAGCCUUGUUUCCUGUUGCUGUGGCUCACACAAUUGGUCAUGUGGCUGCAACAGUGAGCAUGUCAAAAGUUGCUGUUUCAUUCACUCAUAUUAUUAAGAGUGGAGAGCCUGCUUUUAGUGUUUUGGUUUCAAGAUUGUUAGGUGAAACUUUCCCAUUGCCAGUGUACCUUUCACUUUUGCCAAUUAUUGGUGGUUGUGGACUUGCUGCUAUUACUGAACUCAACUUCAAUCUAAUAGGUUUUAUGGGGGCAAUGAUAUCAAACUUGGCAUUUGUAUUCAGAAACAUAUUUUCAAAGAAAGGCAUGAAGGGGAAAUCAGUUGGAGGGAUGAAUUACUAUGCUUGUUUAUCAAUGAUGUCUCUAUUGAUUCUGAUUCCCUUUGCUAUUGCUGUGGAAGGUCCACAAGUAUGGGCACUUGGAUGGCAGAAUGCAGUCUCCCAAAUUGGCCCAAAUUUUAUAUGGUGGGUGGUGGCUCAAAGUGUGUUCUAUCACUUGUACAAUCAAGUCUCCUACAUGUCCCUAAAUGAGAUCUCUCCAUUGACAUUUAGCAUUGGUAACACUAUGAAGAGAAUUUCCGUCAUAGUCUCAUCCAUCAUCAUCUUUCAAAUUCCAAUUCAACCAAUCAAUGCCCUUGGUGCUGCUAUUGCAAUCUUGGGAACUUUCCUCUACUCACAGGCUAAACAGUAAACACUUGUUAUAGAUGAGCUAUUAUCAUAUUAUCAAUUUGUGACUACUAGUAGUAUUGUUUUUUCCCCUAGCAAAUAACUGGAGAUGGAUGUGGAAAAUGGGCAGUCUCAGUGAAUGAAUGUGCCUUUUGAGUAAUUGAAAUGUUAACAAAACCAAAAAAAUAAAAUUGGCCCCUCCUAGCUACAAUUCCCAUCCAAGAAUUUGUAAUGACCUUUAUGUUGUGAAUUAAUAUGACUAUAUAGUAUGCCUUUGUGUGAUAAA